UACGAUAAAUAAUAGGCUCUCAUACAAAAAGGCAACAUUUCUCCCGUAUUAUUUCUCCCGUCGCUACAUCAUUUCCGGAUUUCCACCUUUUAAAUGUGAUCGUUCUUACGCUUUCGUUCCUCUUCUUACUCGAUUAAUAUUUAAGUAAAACUUAGCAAUAUGUAGAUACCCGAGGAGAAUUAUAAUAAGCAUACAAUUUAAUUUUGUAGGCAGACAAUUAAUUAUGUUACCACCAGUCUUACGAACAAGUAACAAAACUUGCCACAUAAUAGAGCUACGUCACUCGUCACAAAGCCAAAAAGUAAUUAAACUACUCCCAACGUGGCCACGAACAAGUGCCAAAAAGCAAAUUGCACAAUCAGACAAAUACGGUGAAAUUUUAAUAUUGUUGUACCUGCAAUAUUGAGAUUUUUCCAAUUUCUUACCUAUAUAUUAUGUAAUUGACGAGAUUCAUACAUAGUUUUGUACAGAAACAUAAAGUAAACUGCAAGUAUGCGAUGGUGUGUCAAUAACUGCAUUUGUCGUUUCCUAUAUCGACACCUCCCAGCGGUUGUACUCGUCUCAAUCCUGAUAAUCUCUGCCAAUCAGGUCAUCAACUUUGCGAGGGACAAGAGUUCUCCCGUUUGCUAUAAAAUUGUGUCACCUUUCGCUCCGAAACCUGGAGCCGUUGCGACAAAAAGCAGCAGCAGCAGUGCAGUGGUACUUGCUGGAGGUGGCGAAAAUGAGACUGACUCCAUCCUCCCAAAUGUGGAAUGGACUCGGGCACGAUUAGACGAACGGAGAAUGCUCAGAAUUUACGAGUGGACAUGGCCUGGAACUUUGUGGAGCAGUUUGAUGACAAGCUACAAUGUUUGUCUCGCAACGCAGGGUUCCAUCGAUAGAAUUCCUUGGAUUGGGGAAGUCUCUGAGAAAUGGUUGGGGCCCAUAUCCCUCGCUGUGUAUGUACGAAAUGGUGACGAGCUUUGGAUUUUAUCCAUUUUUAUGUCAUAUAUGCGACGAUGCAGCGCAUUGUUCCUUCAGACAGUGUCAGUUCAUGUCGUUGUCCCAGCCGAGUUUGAAGUACCCGAUUAUGCCAACCAGAGCUUUUAUUACGACGUCAUGAGCGAUGAACACCCUUGUGGACAACCCCAUCAGUACAUGUCGAGUCUUGUCGUCAAGUUUCUGCAACAUGAGCCUGUCGGUUUGUAUCCUCAAAAUCAUAUGAGGAACAUAGCCAGGAAGAAUUGCCCAACGCCGUGGGUUUUCAUGACUGAUGUGGACAUCAUCCCGAGAUUAAAUUCUUCCUCAAUGAUUAACACGUUUUACAACAGCAUUUCUUCUAAAUGCCAAAAAUGCGCUUUUGUAAUUCCAGUAUUUGAGCUGGAUAAAUCAAUGCCUUAUCCACAAACGAAGAAGGAACUGGCUUCUUACGCAAGCAAAGGGAUGGCACGACAAUUUCAUUUGAAGAUUUAUAAAUUUGGUCAUUGGGCCACCAACUACACAGCCUGGUUGUCGACAAAUCUUCAAGAAGAAUCAACAAAAAUUUCUCACAUUGUUGACAGCAAAGUCAAUCAUUACGAGCCAUUUUACGUCAGUUCUGACGAUAUUCCAAAACAUGAUGAACGCUUCGUUGGAUACGGAUUUACGAGAAGUUCUCAGGUGCUGGAAGCCAGAGUCAUGGGAUGGAAAUUUUUCGUGCUCACUCCGAUUUUUGCGAUACACUGGGGACUGCAAACCCCGCAAACUAUCCGAUCCCCGUCCCUUCCGAUUCCAUUUCACGCCAUGAAGUACAACAUAAAAGCAAUUAAUCAAGCCAAGUCUUCGCGCAGAUCGCAAAAUUUGCGGAACCACGUCAUCUACACGGAUUUCGUGUCUGAGUUGGUGGCAAGAUACAAUAUUUCUGUGUCGAGGAGAAAAGCUCAACGGAAGCAAGUCAAUCCACGACAACAGUAGCAAACCACAAGGCUGAAACUGAUGAGAUUAUUUCGACCGAGUUGUGGUUUUUAAGGAAACUCUACUACAAGUCGUCAAACUAUACCUACAUAAAUAGUCAAUUUGCACUACCACCACUGAUGAGUUUGCAGAUUUUUAAACUUUUCAGUUGCACUCUACUCUAGAAACUACUUGGGCAAAGCAAACAAUGUAGUGCCGUUUGUAUUCAUGCGUAUCGCCAAAUUUAAUAUACGUAUAAAAAUAUGUGUUACAUACUUUUCGCCAAAAUGCUAAGAUAUAUUAUACCUGAGAAGAUUACUACAAAUAGGUGCUUAUGUUGGUCUUGGGUGCUCUAUGGAAAUGAUUGUGUCAUGAAAUACAUACAGUAGAAAAAAAAUUAUGUGGUAAAAAUAUCCUAAUUUUAAAAUAUUAUUUAAUGCACAAUAAAAAUAUGUAGCUCAAUGUAAAAACACUUUCAUAAUAUAACUAACUCAUGGUUCUAACUAAAAAAUGUAGCAAAAGUGUUUUAAAUUAAAUAUUUUUUUGGCAGAA